ACAAGUAAAAUCUAGUUAUGUAAAUAUAGUUUCAAAAAAUAAAGUCGAUUCACCAGAUUAAAAGAUAAUACUAUUAAAGCAGUUAUGUACAGAUGGAAAGAGCUCAAAUUUUUAAAUGUAUACAUCCGUGAAGCCCAAAGAUCACUAUUAAAACCUGAGGUCAUCAGGUUGAUAAGAUUUAGCGAUAUACUAAAAAGUUACAUACAUAAUGUGUUAGUAGUAUAUUGCAGUUAUUUGUAAGUGCUGUUUGCUUCACCAUGGCGACUGAUAGAGUGUUGGAUUUGAGAUAUAAUGAAAUGUGGAAGGCAUGGAAUAAUGCUGGUGAAGAAGAGGAUGAUAAUUCUACAUUAUUUAAAGGGGAUUUGGUACUAUCAUGGAAACAAUUAAGUGUAACAGUUGUUAAGAAGAUUCCUAAACUGAUUGGUAGUAGUGAGGUUGUAACUAAACAAAUUUUGAACAAUGUUAGUGGUAAUGUUGAAUGUGGCACUCUUUUGGGAAUUAUGGGACCAAGCGGUUCAGGAAAGACUACACUAAUGGCUACAAUAAGUCAUCGAACAAAAGGAAAUUUUAGUGGAGAACUUUUAUUAAAUGGACGUCCAGUAUCCGAAGAUGUUAUGAUAAAAAUAUCUGGAUUCGUUGCUCAAGAAGAUAUAAGUUUCGUCCAAUUAACUGUUUUGGAACAACUUAAGUUAAUGGCUAGAUUAAAAAUGGAUCGGGCUACGACUGACAAAGUAAUCAGGGACCGCAUAGAUUAUCUUUCUGCCCAUUUAGGUUUGAAUAAAAUUCUUAACUCCCGGCUGUGUGUUCUGUCUGGCGGAGAACGAAAAAAAGUAGCUUUGGCUGUACAGCUUAUAAAUGAUCCACCAAUUUUAUUUUGUGAUGAAAUAACUACUGGAUUAGAUAGUUAUUCUGCUGCACAUAUAGUAAACACAUUAAGAAGAGUAGCACAAAGUGGAAAAAUUGUCAUAUGCACUAUACAUCAGCCUGCAUCUGGUUUGUUUGAUCAGUUUCAAGAAGUCAUACUUUUAACUAAUGGUCGGUUAGCUUAUCAAGGAUCAGUAUCAUUAGUCAAUAAUUUUUUCCAAAGGUAUGGUUACAUUUGUCCUGCCACCUAUAACAAAGCUGAUUUUAUUGUAUCAAUUUUGAAUUCAGAUGGAGUGUUGGAUAGAAAUAAUGUCAAUAACAUGUGUGAACUUUCUUCAAAUGUAGCACAAAUGGACAUUAAGUUUAAUUCAUUCAAUAAGGAUGUUCAGUCAGAAUAUGGACAUCAUUUACAAGCAGAAAAGCUUAGCUGGAUAACUCAAGUAUUGCUUUUGCUGUAUAGAUCAAUCAUGUGUUUCAUAAGAAAUUACAAGGAAAAGUUAUUAGAAUUUGGAACAUUAUUGUUUUUAGGUGUUAUUACUUCUAGUCCUUAUGCAAAUUUACAAUUCGAUACAAAAGCAGUUCAAAAUUGGCAGGGAUUUUGGUUAUGUUUGGUCAUUAAUAUAGUGUUCCAGUUUAGUUAUUCAGCCAUUGCCACACAUCAAAUCAAAUUUUCAGUUGUCCAUCGAGAAGUCAGCAAUAAAGUAUACUCGUUGAGUGCAUACUACGUGUCUGAAAUGAUAAUAUUAUAUAUGUGGGUAUUUGUAAAGACAAUUAUCUUUUGCAUUGUUGUGUUUUGGAUUGUUGGUGUCGAAUGGGUUUUUAUGCAAUUAUUAGUAUUUCUGAUACUCACAUUUGCAUCUGUUUCGUAUGGAAGCCUUUUGUCAGCUUACUUUAGCCGUGUAGAGGAAGCUAUUGUAUUUUCAACAGUCUAUGAGUAUUUAGCAUUACCUCUCAGUGGUGCUUAUCUAUCAUUCAGGUCAUUACCAAAAGUGAUGUACUCACUAAGAUAUCUCUCAUUAUUUUUUCUUGGUUGUGAAACUGUAUCUACUCUGUUUUGGGAGAGAAUCACAUCAUUACCAUGUACUGAUAUUGCUAAUUGUUUGGACAACGGAAAAGCAGUUUUAAAUAAAUACGGUUUUAUAAGUAGUGAUUUAUAUUUUGACAUAAUGAUAUUGCUUUUAUUUUGUUUAUUGGCAAACAUACUUGGUUAUUUUGGUGUUCUUAAAAAAAUGAAAAUACAACCAGCUUAUUAAAUACUAUAAUAUUUUUUAAGAAAUUUUAUUACUAAGAAUUAGUAAGUGUCAUUAUGUUUUCUAUCACCAUAAUUAAUUAUAUUAAAAUUAUUGAACAUCUGUAAAUCAUCUUGUCUUCAAAUUUGUUAAUAUAUCCCAUUGUAUUGAGUAAAA